GACAGCCUUGUCCACAGCAAUUUCCAUCCUCCACCCUUUGUCUUUCCCUUCUCAAGCUCACCUUACGACCACACGCUCAAGCUACCAACCAUCACUAUUAGACAUGGCAGGAAACUACUCGGGAUAUGGUGCCCCAUCCGGCCCACCACCUGCUUACAGCGACGGCUACGGGGGCGGAUACGCACCGCAGCAGCCGUACUAUCCUCCCGGAUCCAUCGAAGAACAGGCUGCACGAUGGUUUCAAAUUGUCAAUACCAACAACGACGAAAGCGUGUCAACGGACGAGUUGCGAAAGUCUCUUGUUAGUACUAAAGGAUUGCCAUUCGAUCCAGAGAUAAUCAAGAUGCUAUUGAACAUGUUUGAUGUUGACCACAGCGGAACCAUGAACAUGCAGGAGUUUCAAGGACUCUUCAAGUACAUAUCGGAUUGGCAAAAGAUCUUUGCGCAAUUCGACCGCGACAACUCAGGUAGUAUGCAACGAGGAGAGUUCCAAGCCGCUCUUCACGCAUUUGGAUUCACACUAGCCUCAGACCCACGCCUCCUCCACCUCGCCAUGUGCAAAUACGCCACCCCGCCCUUCCGCGCUCAAGUCGGCGAUACGCCCGACAUCAAGUUCGACCAGUUCAUCCGUGCGUGCGUCGCGCUGCGGCACGCGACCGAUGCGUUCGUCCGCCGGAGUGGGCGUCCGCCGAUGCAGGAGUUCGGUGGUGGGCCUGUUCCUUCCGGGCAGGGUGGUGGACUCGGUGGGCAGGCGACGAUGAACUAUGCGGAGUUCUUGGAGAUUUUCUUGGCGCUUCCGUGAAUGUGGGAGGUAUUCUUUUUACCUUUUUGACAAUGCAGUGUAUCGAUUCGAUGUGUACUAAAUAUGCCAUCCCAU